AUGGAGACCACAGACGAGUGGUUCUGCGACCGGGAGACGCUCAGGUACGACGAAGCUUGCGUGAAUCUGCGCAUCAAUCACGAAGACUCAAACGCCUGGCUCUACCUGCUCUCCUCCGAUUGCGCACUGUGUCCAUACACAAGGACCAAGCAGUUCCUGGCGAACUUAAAUUACAGCCUGAUAGUGAACACCGUCAGACCCACAACCUUCAGAGUAGUGGACGCUGAGGACCCCAGCGAAUUCAUUUCCGCUAAAAAUACCAGUAACGUGAUCUGCGAGUUGACGCCAAAUCUCGGCCAAUUCGGCGUGUACGAUUUUUCCGUUCAAAAUGGAAGCUGCGACAUAAAGGUCCUUAACCCAUCGACGUAUCCUUUCACAGAGCUCUUCCUCAUUUUCGGCGUGUUGAUACUGGUUCUGUUCGGUCUGUCUGGACUGAAAUCGUUGUGUCACGUGUGCAGAAAGAAGUUUAUGAAGAGUCAGGUGAAAGAGGACACGGCGAAGCAACCCCUGAAGCGUCGAGUGAAAGCGAUCGAUACUGUUCGAGGGGCAAGCACUUUGUUGAUGAUAUUCGUGAACGACGGAUCAGGUGGAUAUAGAAUUCUCGGUCAUGCGACUUGGAACGGUUUACUUUUGGGAGAUCUACUGUUCCCUUGCUUCAUGUGGAUCAUGGGAGUGUGCAUCCCUAUUGCGAUAUCCAGUCAGGUGAAACGAAUGACGAAGAAGAGUGAGAUAUUAUAUGGAAUCUUCAAGAGGAGUGUUCUUCUGUUUUUAAUCGGAGUGUCUUUGAAUACUGUGAUGACUGGUGGUCAAUUAGAAACUAUACGCAUCUUUGGUGUUCUCCAGCGAUUUGGUAUAACUUACUUCAUCGUAGCUCUCACGUAUUUGUGCUUGAUGUCGAGAAAACCGAGCAAGGUAAGUUCCUCUAUGUUACGAGAGGUGCAAGAUUUCUUCUUACUCCUUCCACAAUGGUGCGUGAUGCUGGCGAUAGUGGCUGCUCACUGUUUCCUCACCUUCUGUCUACACGUUCCUGGAUGUCCCACUGGAUACCUUGGUCCUGGUGGUCUCCACGAUGACGCCAAGUACUUCGACUGCGUGGGAGGAGCAGCGGGUUACAUCGACAGAGUGAUACUGAAGGAGAAUCAUCUGCACCAUUCUGCGACUGUUUAUAAAUCUGGACCCUUCGAUCCUGAAGGAAUCUUGGGUACUCUAACGUCCACGUUCCACGUGUUCCUUGGCCUACACGCUGGCAUAAUCAUGAUGUCCUACAAAGAUUGGAAAGAACGAGUGAUCAGGUGGCUUGCGUGGGCCUCGCUUUUCGGUUUCAUAGGAUGCGCCCUACAUUUCUCCAACGUGAUCCCCGUGAACAAGAAUCUGUGGUCACUGUCGUUUGUGUUCGUGACGACAUCUUUCUCCCUGGCCUUCCUCUCCGCCUGUUAUCUGCUCGUGGACGUCGUAAAAGUAUGGAACGGAGGACCUUUUCGUGUACCAGGUAUGAACGGUUUGUUAUUGUACGUCGGCCACUCUGUGUGCUACAAAAAUUUCCCCUUCCAUUGGGGGAUCGGUAACAUGGACAGCAGAGCGUUGCGUUUAUGCGAGGCGAUUUGGGGCACCCUGUUGUGGACCGUCAUCGCCUACGUUAUGCACAAGAAACGAAACUACAUCACACUUUGA